GAUAAGUUUAUAUCAAAAGUUUGGUGAUAGUUGGAAAAAAUCAAAUUCAGAGGAAAAUUAUUGAAAUUGUAGCUUUAUUUCUAAUUCGUCACCCGUAAUUAUUUAAUUAACAAUGAAGUAUUUCCUCCUGCUAAGCCUAGCACAGCUCUGGUUAACCAUCAAUGCGUCACAUUUCGACUACGAUGGGUGGCUGAACAUCGAACUGUACCAUGCGCUGGACAUGAACGAGCCCCAAAAAUUUACGCUCCGGGGCAAUGUGACCGUCAGUAGUCUGAAUACCGGAUCGUCGGCCAUAUCGCAGGAACCGCUUUCGGUUCAGGAACGGCAACUGCUGGGCAAGCUUGCGGAAUCGAACCGGCUCUAUCGCUUGCAGGCCCACGUCGUCGAAGCAGACGGGUCCCGAUACAGCUUCCUGACCUCCACCAAAGCGUGUGCCUUGGCUAGGUCUCAGCUGAUGGAUGCGCUGUGGAUUUCUCUGGAUCAUGCUGGUUCCGUUAUCGGAGUAACUCAGUCGGUGAACAGCUUUAAUCCCAAUAAUUGUCGAGAUUUGACCAAACGCGAUAUCGAAGUGCUGGACGAGUUUAAUACCGAUGUUUAUGUUCGGCCAAUGGAGAACGCUCCAAUUCCGGAUACAGCGAGCUUCAUCCAGAAAUUAGAACGAGAGCGCGAGGCACGGGAAAGGGGAGAAACCAAGGAUAAUCGAGGGUUCUUCGCUAAAUAUUGGAUGUACAUUGUCCCGGUUGUUAUUCUGGUUCUUAUUUCUGGGGCCACCAAUCCCGAAGCUGCCGGUGGACAACGUUAAGCAAACCAAAGCAAUGCCAUGCUGUCAGCAAUUUAUUUAUUCCUAAAUAAUAAAUUUCUCUUCUAUCAACAAAA